CCAGCAAACAACACGUCCAUUGCGCGUGUUCUGUGUGCGACGUGGUCGGAGGACAGCGGGCGCCGACCGGUAUGGAUCAGUGCGAGGAGCGGGGCUCGGCGCGACCGGUGUCCAGGCGCGGCUACCGCGAGUACACCAACAGCGGCUCCGACAUGUCCAGAAGUGGCAGCGUGCGGCCGGGAUCGGCGUACCGCGGCCCGUCGCGGCUGGCGACCGCCGGCUUCGGUCCCGCGCCCCCCACCGCCCCCGCCACCCGACAGGCCGCUGCCACUGGAUUCCCCAUGGUGGACCGGCCUAUAACGCAGCAGGGGAUAUCGGGGGCGCGCGCUAGCACGGCGCGGGGCGGGGCGCGGCGGGCGCGGCAGCUGCACGACCGCCGCUACUGGGAGGAGCUGCUGCAGCUACGGGCGCGGGACACGCGCGCCGAGAUCGCGCGACUCGCCGAGCGCGCCGCCGCCGGCGAGCGCGAGCGUUCCGCGCGCAAGCACUACGAGAAACGCGUCCGCGAGCUGGCGCACGAGUUGACGGAUCUCCAGGGCAGACUGGCCGACUACAACACGGCGAUCAGGAUAGCGAGCGGCGAGGCAAGCGCCGCGGCGGUGGAGGAGCAGGCGCGGGAGCUGGCCGCGACCAACGCCGGGAUGCAGCGCGACCUCGAGCACCUGCUCCUCGACAAGCAGAGGAAGGAGAACCAGCUGCGCCAGCUCCGGGACCAGACGGACGAGGAGCGAUCGACGAUAUCGAAGCUGUUAUCCGAGAUGUCGGCGCAGGAGAGGGAGCAGUACGACCGGCUGGAGCGCGCGGCGGUGGCGCUGCGGGACGACGUCGACCGCGCCCGGACUCAUAUCGAUCGUCUGCGGAGGGAGAAGGAUGAAUUCAUUAAGGACAUCUCCGGUUCACAGAUAAAAUUGCAUCUACUCGAAUUACAUGGAAAACUCGCAGCCGCGGAGGAGAAACGGGACACUAUAAGAAACGAAAUAAACGACCGACUGGACCCGCAGGAGGAGCGAGAGAAGCUGCUCGGGCAAGUUCGCGAGGACAACGCCGCCAUCGCGUCGCUCGACGGCAGCGCCGCCAAUCUGAAGGAGCAGAUCGAAAAAGUACAGGAGCUCAUAGAGCAGGCCGAGCAGGAUUUGGAGGAGGGGAAUUCCGAGCGCCACCAGAAAUACCGGGAGUUGAAGAAGAGGGAGGAGACGAUGGACGGCUUCAUGUCGACGUACGACGAGAACCUAAGGAGGGAGCACGAGAACAUCGAGCGGCUGGAGAGGGACAUCGUGUUCGCGUUGGAGCACACCAGCUCCAACAUAGAUUUAGAUCUGGGCGAGAUCGACGCGCUCAAGGAGAGGGAGGGGUUCGACGAAAGCAAGAAAACUGUCGAAACCCUUCGAAGAGACUACGAAAGAUAUCAGAGCAACUUGAGAAAGGCCGAGGCGACGCGGGAGCGCCUCGCCGCGGAGCUGCAGACCCUGCCCGAGCGCAGCCGCGCCAUGCGGGACGAGCUGGCCGUGCUCGCCGACCUCGACAAGCUCAGGGACGACGGCGAAAUCGAGAAAAAGAGUUUGGAGAGCUCGGCGCGGCUACUGCGGGAGAAGCUGGCGCCCACCAGGAGCGCCGUGCGCGAGGCCGCCGCCAAGCUCGACCGACUGCAGGCGGGGCUGGCGGGUGACGCCACGUACGCGCGGCUGAGCGGGCUGGAGGAGCGGCUGGCGCGGCUGGCGGAGCGGCGCGGCGUGCUGCGGAACGACGUGGCGUCCGCCGCCGUCGCCGCGCGCUACGAGCCUCUGCGCGCUGACGCGCUGCGCCGCCUCGCUGCCCUCAACGACCGCCUCGUCGCCGACGCGAGGUCGGCCGCCCCGCCCUACUGACCAGGACCGGUAGCGCGAGCGUCUUCGUGUGUGAUACUCGGAGGCGGUAUU